CAGACCUUCCCCUGUUUGAAAGCUUCAGCAGAAAUAACGGAUUUUCUCUUUACUCUUUUGUUGCUUUCAAACCGGCUCAUUUCCAUAGUCAUGAACCUUUAAUACACGCGUGGAUGUGCACUGGCUUUGACUGAGCGACACCUGCUCCCUCUCGUACACACUCUCUCUUUUGUCUGACAUCUCUGCAGCCAGCAGCAACGCCGGAGAAGAAGAGGAAGAACCAGAGGGAGGAGGAGGAGGAGGAGUAGCGUGGUGUACCUGACACCUACAGCCGCGCUUCGCUGCUCUCUCUCCCACAGAGACGCCUAACACCGCCAGCCUCUCGCGCCUGGUUGUCCGCGUGUGAGUUAACCAAAGCUCACUUGGAACGGGUGAAACCGCUUCUUUUAUACGAUAAAACUCAUUCAAAUUAAAAAAAAACAGCAACAAAACACUCAGGACAGGAUUCUCAUAGGAACUUCAUUGAUUCGAAAAGGAAAUUUGCAGGAUUUUUAAACUGAAAAGGACUACUCUUCAGAAGAUGCGUCUCCCGGUGCUUCUCUCUGUGUUGGCGUGUCUGUGUGCAGCACCGGGCGCGGUGGCUGCUGGGGCGGACAGGAGCUGCACCGACCUGCGGCAGUUCUACACCGGGAAAGGGUUCACCCUGGCAGGGGUGCCACAGACAGAAAUCUCUGGUGAGCAUCUAAGGAUGUGUCCUCAGGGUCCAACCUGCUGCACCAGCGCCAUGGAGGAGAACCUGGCCAGUCUGAGCGGCAGAGAGACCGAGGGGCUGAUCAGAGAGGCCGGCAGGUCGCUGCAGGCAGUCUUCAACGCUCUCCACAGGAGCUUCGACACCUAUUUCACUGAGCUGCACAGCCGUUCUGAACGCUCCCUGCAGGAGGCACUGUCCCCUCUCGGCCCCCUGUAUUCCCAGAACACUCGCCUCUAUGGAGAUCUCUACACAGACCUGCGGCAGUACUACCGCGGCUCUGCUCUCAACCUGGACGAAACCCUGACAGAGUUUUGGUCCCGCCUCCUGGAGCGUACAUUUAAAACCUCGUCACCCACAGACGUCACCCUAUCAGAGGACUACCUUGAAUGUGUUGCCAAGCAACAGGAGACGCUGCGACCAUUUGGAGACGUCCUCCGAGACAUGAAGAUGAAAGUGAUCCGGGCUUUUGUCACAGCUCGGUCGUUUGUCCAGGGGCUGAUCGUCAGUGCAGAUGUGGUCAGGAAGGUGUCACAGGUUUCUCUGAGUCCUGAGUGUGUGAAGGCCCUGAUGAAGCUGGUUUACUGUCCUCACUGUCGUGGCAUAGCCUCCGUCAAACCAUGCUCCGCCUACUGCUCCAACGUCAUGAAGGGCUGCCUGGCCAACCAAGCCGACCUGGACCCUGAGUGGCAGAACCUUAUCGACACCAUGAUCCAGGUGGCCUCCAGUUUCAGCACAGAGCCCAGUCUGGAUGUGGUUCUCUCCUCCAUCCCUGCUCGGAUCUACGAGGCCGUUCACUUCCUGCAGGAAAACAUGGACACAUUCACAGCCAAAGUGUAUCAGACGUGUGGAACUCCAGGUGAACCAGGAACAGGAAGUCCCGCCCCUCAUGAGCAGAGGAAGAAAAGUGGCUCCUUGACUGCUUCUGAAUACAAACCUUCUCCAACAGCAGGACUCAGACUGGAGAUGCAGGUAUCUGAUCUGUCCAGUAAGCUGAGGGAGAUGAGGCAAUACUGGACCCAGCUCCCUCUGGCACUUUGCAGCAAAUUGGCAGCAGGAAGCAGCGGACAAGAUAAAUGCUGGAACGGCAUUACUAAAGCAAGGUACCUCCCUGAGGUGAUGGGUGAUGGUUUGGCCAAUCAGAUCAAUAAUCCUGAGGUGGAGCUUGACAUCACAAAGCCAGACAUGACCAUCAGGCAGCAAAUCAUGCAGCUGAAAAUCAUGAGCAACAGACUGAAAAAUGCACUAGAGGGGAACGAUGUUGACUUUCAGGAUGCAAGCGAUGACAUCAGUGGCUCAGGCAGCGGGAUGUGCAUGGGUGGUCAGUGUACUCGGGGCAGACCAGGAUUGUACGCUCUCUCUCCAGACAACAACCGAAUGCGAGGCGCUGCAUCACCUCAAACCCGCCUCUGUGGUCUCCUGCUGCUGCUCCCACUGGCCGUCCUGCUGUUUCAGCGAUGAUGGACCUCCAUGGCCUCCAGUCAGACUCUGAAGUUGGACAAAAAACGAGGAGGACAAUGAGGGGUUUGGGUUUCGGAGGAACAGAACUUUACUUUGCCAAAAAAAAAAAAAAAAAAAAACUUUUUGCAGGAAUGAAUGAACAUUUCCUUUGAGGAAGAGCAGCAAAAACUGACAGUGACAUUAUUCAUUACUUUGUUUCGCUCUGUUUUAUUGUCGUAGUUUGAGCGUGGUUCAGUUUGUUGAGCUGGUUUCAAUGGAUGCUUGCGAUGAGGAUGAGCAGAAGAAGACGGAAAUGAAGAAGAGGAAGAAGAUCAUGAAGAGAAUUGUGAUCAGGAUACUGUUGAGGAUUUAUUGACACUUUAUGAGGUGUUUUUAGGAGGAAAAAGCUCACUAAUCAAAGGAUUAGCUCUGAUAUGUGCAUUCAUCAAGGCUUUUUUAUUUGAUUUAAUUUUUUAUCUCGAGUCGAGGUCUACCUUAACAAACAUUGUGUAAGUUGUAAAUGUUUGUGUACAUUAGCAAAAAGACUGGCACCAUAUUGAGCCAUGAAUGUACAGUAUAAUGCAGAUAUUGGCAACGAACCCUCCCAUUCUCUGUGAUGUAGUCGUCCAGAUGUUUUUGGUGUGUUGGUAUAAACGGUACUUUACACUCAGUAGGAUUUGUUUGAAAUGUUGCAGAUAAAUGAUCGCACUCCUGAAACAUUUGAGAUGUUGUGAUUGCAAGAUUUUUACGUCACGUUGACUGUAAACAACCAUUUCAAAAGAUAAAUCUAGAGGAUUCAACAGCUUUUUGAAUCAAAUCACCUCCUUUGUGAAGAAAUAAGCAUCUCAUCAAGCGCAGAUAGUCGAGCAGUUUCCUGAAAUUGAAAAUUAUUCUGACAGAGCUGAAAUAACCUCAAAAAUACUCCACGGGGAACAUUUCAUGUUGGGGUGAAAUGAGAGAGGACUUCUUGUGGAAUGCACACCUGCAAUGAGGAAGUGAAAUGAAGGCUUAGAGGCAUCACAGAGGCGAGUAAACAGCAGGUCAAACCAAAGCACUUAUUACACUGUACACCUUUUUUCUUUCUUUUUUUUUUUUUUUACAUUUCCUGACAGUAAAUGUUUCACAUUUCUGACAGCCUUGAAGAGGUUUUGUAGCUACUUAUCUUACAACAGCAACUGUUUUAUUCCAGUUCAGAGUUUUUGUACAUACAGUUUAGGAUGUUCACAGACUAUACGUAAGCCUGGUGAAAUAUCUACUCCCAGCAUGCCUUUCUUUCAGUUUACUCUACUAUACAGGUACAUAUGAGACUCCUGAUUCACACAGGUCUCCUGCACACACACACUGACACACUGGGGUUGUGUAUUAAGCAGAUUUUUAUUCAUUGGUGUAUUUAAUCACACAUUUCAUUCAUUAAACUCUGAUUGUCCACGUCGACUUUUCAUGUACUUAAUGAU